AUGAUCAUCCGCCCGUAUUUCUCUAAGUUAACCAGACUAACGUUAGCUUCGAGGAAUUUACUUGUAAGAGCUUAUGCUGCCAGGGCCAAUACUCUAACCGAAGAAGUCUCAGAAGAACAGAAAGUGAACUUUAUUCAUCCUGCGUUAAUUCAGAAAGCAUCAAGUUUACGUGAUCAACUAAAGAAACUUGAAGCUCGAGUUUCUACAGAGAAGGAGUUCAAUGCCGAAAAUUCUAAAAGGUACUCUCAACUUUCGUCGUUCGAUGGAGCUUAUCAAGAAUACUUAGAGAAUAGAGACAAUUAUAAUGAGCUUAAAGCAAUGUUGUGCGAUGAAGAGAAUGCAGCAUUGCAAGAAGAUGCCACAAAGGAACUAAAAUCAGUUAUUCCCGAGUUAAAUCAUUCUAUUGAUAAGUUGAAGUCAAAACUACUCAAGCCACAUCCGUUUGCCGAUCGCGCAUGCAUUCUAGAGCUCAGACCUGGAGCAGGCGGCCAUGAAGCCGACAUAUUCACUCAAGAUCUUUUGGAAAUGUAUGUUAGAUACUGUCAGCUCCAUAAUUGGCAUUAUGAAAUAAUUUCCAGAACUGAUCACGAAUCUGGCAAUGGUGUAAUGGAAGCUACUCUUUCUGUGAAUGAGCCAGGCUCUUAUGAGAGGUUGAGACAUGAAGCAGGUGUGCACAGAGUUCAGCGAAUUCCAGAAACGGAAACCAAGGGACGAUUGCAAACUUCUGCGGCAGGGGUUGUUGUGCUACCGAAGAUAGAUGACAAUAAGGGUGAUUCCCAAUCCAGAAAGUUUGCUCCUGGUGAGCUACGGAUCGAUGUCAUGAGAGCUAGCGGCGCAGGAGGUCAGCAUGUCAAUAAAACGGAGUCUGCCGUCCGAAUCAUUCAUAUUCCUACCGGUAUAAUUGUUCGGAUUCAAGAUGAUAGGUCACAGCAUAGAAAUAAAGAACGGGCAUUUGAAGUGCUGAGAGCCAGAUUGGCAGCAAAAGAGAUGAAGGAGAAGGCCAAGCAGGAUGAAAAUGCUAGAACUGGUCAGGUAUCGUCUGUAGAUAGGAGUGAUAAGAUCAGAACCUAUAAUUUUCAACAAAAUAGAGUUACUGAUCAUCGGUGCAACUUCACCCUGUAUGACUUAGAAGGAUGUCUGAAUGGUAGUAAGCUAGAUGAUCUUAUUGAUAGGGUUGCACAGAAAGAAGUUGAUGAGAAAGCAGAAGCGUUAAUAGAAGAAUUGAAAGAAGAUGAAAACGGUGCGCGUAAGGCUGCCAAAGCUAAAGAUUACAACGGCUCCGAGAAAAUAUAUUGGGCAAUCAUUAACUGCGAUCCUUUGGAAUUGGAAUUGGACUCUGUUUCCAAGCGUGAGAAGCUAGUUGAAUCCAAGGAAUCAUCAAUUAUUGAACUUGGUAAAUUAUAUCAAGAGCAGAAAAAUGCGGAUAAAUUACAGGAGCUUUUAGGUAAGGCUAGAGACAUCAUGAGGGGUUCAUUUGCCAAAUCCAAAACCGCAAAAGUUAUCAGGACUUUAAUCGAUCUCGUAGAGACUAUUGGAACUGACAAUGCGUUGGAUUUGACUGCGAAAAUAACUCAGGAGUGUAUAGAUUGGUCUGUUGAGGAAAAAAGAACGUUUCUACGUCAGUCUUUGCAAGUCAGAUUGGCUGGAUUACUCUACAAGAAGAGCAACUACCAAGACGCACUUUCUCUAAUCAGGGAUCUUGUUAAAGAGUUUAGAAAAUUGGAUGACAAGAGCUCGUUGGUUGAAGUGCAACUUUUGGAGGCAAAGACUUAUUUCCAAUUGAAGAACUUUGCCAAGUCCAGGGCUUCUCUCACCUCAUCCAGAACUUCUGCCAAUGCCAUUUACUGUCCUAGUAAUGUUCAGGCUGAACUAGAUCUCAUGAGUGGUAUAUUGCAUGCUGAGGAUAAAGAUUUCAAAACUGGAUAUUCGUACUUCUAUGAAGCUUUCGAGAACUACCAGCUUCAUGUGUCUUCCGAAGAGAACGAUUCCAAACUUGUCAAAGUUUUGAAAUACAUGCUGCUUUGCAAAAUCAUGAUUGGAUCCAUAGACGAUGUUAACAAACUUCUAAACAACAAGAAUCUCAGUGAAUACUCUAAUAACAAGGAGAUUGAGGCCAUGAAAGCUGUUUCUGUUGCGCAUUCCCAUCGUUCUUUGAAGGAAUUAGAGGAUUGCUUGAAGACCUACAAUAAAGAAUUGACUCAAGACGUCAUUAUUAGAUCUCACUUGUCCGAUUUGUAUGACUCUUUGUUCCAACAGAACUUACUGAAGCUUAUUGAACCUUACUCAUGCAUAGAAAUCAGUCACAUUUGUUCCAUGAUAGGCCUUCCGAAGAACGUUAUUGAGUCUAAGUUGAGUAACAUGAUUUUGGACAAGGUAUUUUACGGCGUUUUGGAUCAAGGUAAUGGCUAUUUAAUCAUUUACAGCGAGCCGAAGAAGGACAAGACUUAUGAUCUCAGUCUGGAGAUUAUCAAGAACAUGUCUAACGUUGUUGAUCUAUUGUACGAGAAGGCAUCCUCACUUGAUUAG